AUGGCAAGCUUGUAUCUAACAUUUGUGAUAUAUCCUGUAUGUACUCUGUAUGGAAAGAUAAGGAACAUUGAAGAGCAUGCAUCAGCAGAUGUUGAGAAAAUGGUCCUUGGCAAUAAAUGUGAUAUGAAUGACAAGAGACAAGUAUCUCGAGAAAGGGGAGAGCAACUGGCCAUAGAGUAUGGGAUAAAAUUCAUGGAGACAUCAGCCAAGGCUUCCAUUAAUGUUGAAGACGCUUUUUUCACCCUUGCACGUGAUAUUAAGGCCAAGAUGGAGAAGAAAUUGGAGGCCAGCAAUCCCCCCAAGGGCGGCCACACGAUCAAGCCCAAUGAGCCCCCACGCAAGCCCAUCAGUAGUUGGCUGGCCAAGUGCACCAUUCUAUGAUUCCAUCUUAGCUAACUAAUAACACGAAGUGGAGAUCCCGAGGCCGUUUCUUCCCCCACCCCUCCCAUGGGCUCUCUUGCUCGCUAGGGGUUGGACGGCCAAAAAGUCUGAGCAGAAGUGUGCUUUUCCUGUGAUUGUUGCGGACUAAUUAAGGACGGACAGUGUGGGCAUGACUGUCUGAGGGAAGGGGUUAUUACCUGCCGACAGGCCCUGCUGAUUAGCGUCAUGUGUUGAAUAUGCUCAGAUUUUGUGGGAUGAAGUGUAACUCAAGGAGUUGGCAGAGUAGGAUGUAGGAUGUCAAAAAAAAAAAAAGGUUUAUACAGAGCAGGGUAAGGUUAUAUUGCAUCAUAAUAUGUCAAAGAUUUAUGUUUUGCUACUUUGUAGAGCGACCAAAAAGUAGAGUAAAUUCCCACGUUGCCACAAUAUAUUAAGUCUGUCUCUUGAACAGUUAAUGUGUCAGCAUCUAUUCUUUCUAUGCAUCUGUGAUUUGUAAACUUGCCCAUGUAUGUUACAUGUUAGAAGAUCAUACUUCGUAGAUUUUUACUCCCUGUCAAUAAUAGAUCUAUCAAAUCUCCACCUUUGUCUUUUUUUUUCUAUUUAAUGGUAGAUGUCACAGGAAAUGAAUUCCGCAGCACAAUAUCCAUCCAAAAAAAAAUACAUAAACAUUAUAGAAGUUACUCAUAUAUUUAGCCUCUGGCAAGACAUACAUACAUAUAUGAUGGUAGUAAUGUUUUAUUUGAUAUGUUAAGCUAAAUUUAUAUGCAUAAGCUUUUCAUCUCUACCCAGUGGAAAACUUUAAACUCAUGUAAUAUAGAUAUAAAUUUGAUUUGUGAAUUGGGAAUUAUGGAGAAAAAAUGUCUAGUUGUGUAGAGUAAAGCUCUUGAAUUUUAAUAUAUAAUGAAUAGCUCUAUUUAGGAAGACUAUGAGUUAUAGUGCAUUGUCUCUAUGAUUUAUGGAAAGCUGACUUCCCCUUGUACAUAUAAAAGGGCUUGAGGCAGUCUUUUGCCUGGUAUAAGAGUUACACUUGAAGAAAGCAAAUGAUAUCAUGACAUUAUGACCGACUAUAGAUUUUUAAAACAAUACCAAUGAUGCUUUUCAAAUACAUUUUUUUUUUAUUUUGAUUUAUGAUCACAUUUUUAUAUAGGUGAUAUAAUGAUUUCAAUGCCAACUCAACUAUACACAGACAAGUACUGGAGAAACUUCUGCAGAAAAGAACCAUAGAACAGAGGAGCAUUUCCCACUGGUCCUGAAUGGAUUCUGUUGGGAAUUCCCUGAUGCCUUUAAAUUCCCCAUAUCCAAAGAUGAUUGCCUUUUUUUUUUCUUUUUUUUUCCUUCUUCUUUUUCUUUAAGUAUCCAUGUGCUCAUUGCUUUCUGUCUCCCACUUUUGAAUAUGUUAAAAGAAAAUAAAUAAAAUAAAUUAUAGGUUUAGUUUAUAAGGUGUUCAAGUGCCACUGUAGAGGAUGUCAUUUUGAGGAAAGAAGUUUUGGACAACUUUAGCACUCUGUCUUCAAAGUAAUCUUUUGCUUGUAUUUGAUGGAAGUAACUUUUCUUUUUCUUUGGAUUCUUUAAUGUUUUGAGAAAGAUAUUGUCUUGUUUACAUCUGGUUUAUGAGAAUCUUCGUAUUCAUUGCUUUUAUGUUUGUAAAGCAAAAGAAAGGAAAGAAUGAAUGUGAUAAAAGUACGAGUGACAUGGCAUCUUAGAUGAAUAUAUUGGUGCAUAAUGUACAUAUCAGACUCUUUUCUAUUUGAUAAUUAUAUCAUUUAAGGACUCCAGCAGGCUAACUGUGUCAUGUAAACAGCAGCUAAGUUGAACAUCAUAAAUCCAGCAAAACUACAGUGGCACGAGGAAGUCAUAAACGUUACUCAGUUUACGUUUGUAGUCUGUGACCUGUGUCCACAGUGCUUCACAGGCUGCAUCCCUCACUCUUGAGUAAUAGUGAGGAUCCUACUCUAAUACUGAUAAUUGUUUUUAAUUUAUUGUUAUAUUAUACUGUUAUAUUGUGGAAGUUUUAGAAAAUACAUUUUUGUGGUUUGUUUAGAAGAAAAAAAAAAUUUGCUUUUUUGUGCGUGUGAUGUGUUUGUAUUUUGCUUUUAUGACACUUUUUUUAGGUGUCACUUAUUGAAAAUAAUGCAGUACAGUACUUUGAAAAAACAAAAACAAAAAAAAAAAAUAUUUCUACCGGUGAGUGCUAAGCAGAAUAAUAUCCAUGGGACCACUCGAAGAUGAGCAUGAAUAUGUUGGUCAUCGUUUCUUUUGCAUUAAAUAUAUGACUAAAGGACCAGUAUCUUGUUUUUUUUUUU